AUGAUGAACGAUCCGGCCGCCCUCGGGAUGAUCCCGUUCGAUACGAUCGGGCUGUACGAGCAGCCGAAGCCGCGGUUCAUCUUCAAAAUGCCACGCGUCGUGCCGGACCAGAAGUCCAAGUUCGAAAGCGACGACCUGUUCAAGAAGCUCAGCAGAGACAGUGAGGUCAGAUACACCGGGUUCCGCGAUCGCCCCAUCGAGGAACGGCGCGGCCGCUUCCGGGCCGGAUGCUGCGAGGGCCACACGGAAGUGUCGUUCGCCGCCACCGGCAUCAACCUGCAGCUCGUCUUCAACCCGAACCACGGCCUUUACCAUCAUCCGCACCAUCACCACCAUCACCAUCCUGCCCAUCUCGGGCUGGAGAAGGAGUGCGACUUCGACAAGGAGCACGGCAAGGUGCACAUCAAGUCCCACUUCAUCAUGAACGGCGUGUGCGUGCGCUUCCGCGGCUGGCUCGACAUGGAGCGCCUGGACGGGAUCGGCUGCCUGGAGCUGGACGAGAAGCGGGCGGCGCAGGAGGACGCCAUCCUGCGGGAGCAGCUCGAGCGGUACAACCAGCGCCUGCGCGACUUCGAGGACAAGCAGCGCACCUACCAGCGCACCACGCAGGACGAGUUCGAGCAGAUGCGCCGGAACGGGUCCGGCAUCGGUGUUGGGGUGACGGCCGGCGCGUCCGGCAUGUGGAGACGAUAA